CCAGCAGCAGAGCUAGCCAAGUUCCUUCAGGCUUCAAGUUCAGGCUUCAAAGUUCAACUAGGUGGUCGACAGACUUGAGUUCUUGUCCCAUUUCCACAAAAGCGGCACAAUGGCGGCGGCAAGCGUGUCCUCCCGCAUGUGCGUGGGCAGCAUUCCGUGCCAGACUAGCUUCAAUGCGAGCAUUCGUGCCAGCAGUGCCCCCUGCUCAUCCUUGCCCAUCCCUGUGUGUGGAAGGAAGCAACGUGUCCAGAGUCUAAGCUCUGCUAAGUUGCUCGCUGGCAAAGCAAUCACCUUUUCGAGUGCCAGGCCAGUGGCCAGUGGAGGGGGGCGCACCAGCAUCAGGGCCGCCCUUUCUUCUGCUGAGGCCGGCAUUGCAACCUCCGACGUUGCUGGGCUGAGCAGCAAGUAUGGCAUUCCAGGUUCCGUGUCAAUUGAGAAGGGCGAGGGCGGCAGCACCAAGGUGGUGCUCAAGCAUGAGUCGGGCGCAGAGGCGGACGUGUACCUCUUUGGGGCCGUGGUCACUGCGUGGCGCCAGCCAGACGGCAAGGACUUCCUCUAUGUCAGGCCCGACGCAAAGUUCGACGGGUCCAAGCCCAUCAGUGGCGGCAUCCCGCACUGCUUCCCGCAGUUUGGCCCUGGAGAAAUGCAGCAGCACGGCUUUGCUCGCAACCUGGACUGGGCCAUUGUGUCAACGUCUGCUGACGCCAACCCCGACGACCCCGAGCCGAUGCUGGAGCUGCUGCUGACCGACAACGAGUACACGCGCAAAAUGUGGCCCUACGAAUUCGCUGCGGUCUAUCAGGUAACGCUCAAAGCCGAGGCCCUGGUGGCAUCUCUGCGCAUCAUCAACCUGGACACCCAGCCCUUCGACUUCACCGCCGCUCUGCACACCUACUUCCGGGCCGCCAUUGACAAGGUGAAAGUGUCCGGCUUGAAAGGCCUGCAGAGCCUCAACAAGGACCCCGACCCGAAUAACCCCAUCGAAAGCAAAGAGACCAGGGACGAGGUGACGUUCCCCGGCUUCGUAGACGUCAUGUACAAGGACGCCCCCGAGGAGCUCAUCCUGGACUCCGGCCUCGGCUACUCCAUUGCGCUACAAAGCACCGGGUGGAAGGACGCGGUCACAUGGAGCCCGUACAAGACCAUGGAGUCCUGCUACAAGGAAUUCGUCUGCGUGGAGAAUGCACAGCUGGACCCGGUGGUGGUGGAGCCGGGCAAGUCGUGGAAGGCGGAGCUCAGGCUGCAACCACACUAACGGCCGGCAGGCCGGACAAAAUCUCUUUUUGUUUAGACACCAAACGAGCAUUCUUUUGGAAAAAGAUUCAGUUGCCCCUUGUACGGCAAAAGCUGGCCGGAAAAGGUCAAUGCGAGAGUAGGCGCGCUCGGUCAUAACUUUAAGACGUGUUGCUAGAGAGUCGGGCACAUGGCUCAAAACUUUCGGUUGGUGGCAGUCCCCAACGUUGCUAGCUUACGAGCCCUGACUUGCGAGGCCGGGCUUUGACGAAGUCUUCGGGUGCUUACUGAAGCCGCAUGAAUUCUUGUACUGUCUAAACGAAACUCUAUCAGCCGGCAUGGCCCGUUUCGCACGGUGCUCAUGCCACCAUCGCUGCAUGCUACAAGUUCAAAGUAG